AUGGAAGUGCCAUAGGUUUCAAGAACAAGAUUGAGUUCAAAGAAGUUAAGUGAAGGAAUCAGAAUCGAUAAAAAGGGUCAUCCUAUAUUGAAAGGGUAUAAAAUGCAUUAAGUUACAUUCAUCGAUGAAAUUGUCAAGGGAAAUAAAAUACAUAAUAUAAUCUUAGUAGAUUGUUGGAAAGAGCAUAAUUUCAAUAAAUUUGACUCUGAAAAUUAAAAAUGCUGUUUGAUUAGUUGA